UCAUCAUUCGUCUAUAAAAUGGUGAAGCCAGUUGCUACUGUUACCAUAAGAUCCAGCUCCGACUUUCUUUAAUUUCUUGCUUCAUAUCCACUAGCUACAUCUGUUGCCAAGUUAAUUUCAGUCCUAAUGGGGUUUCAUCUCCCACUCAUCUUUGCUCUUCUCAGUCUAGCAGCGGUGGCACUGGCAAUCCAUGCUGCGCAACCAGCACCUCAACUUUACUGGAACUCCGUCCUGCCAAACACACAGAUGCCAAGAUCUAUCAGUGAACUUCUGCAUCCUGACUCCAAAAAUGAAGAAAAGAGCACAAAUGACGUUGGCAAACCUGAAACUUUCCCAUUGGGCAAUAAACGUUACUACAGUCAAAAAAGGUAUGGAAGAGGCAAUAAAAGUUACCGCAGUCAAAAAAGGUAUGGAAGAGGCAAUAAAAGUUACUCCGUUCAAAAAAACUAUGGAAGAGGUGCUUCUCCAUCUGACAAUCAACUACUCCAUUAUAAAGACUUGGCUAUUUUCUUCUUGGAGAAGGACAUGAGCCCUGGCACAACAAUGAAGUUCCAAUUCCCUAGAAAUUCAAACACGGCUACUUUCUUGCCGCGAGAAAGCGCUCAAUCGAUCCCCUUCUCCUCUAACAAACUACCAGAAAUUUUCAACCAUUUUUCAGUGAAGCCAACAUCUGAGGAAGCCAAAACAAUUAAGCAAACAAUCGAAGAGUGUGAAGCUCCAGGCCUUAAGGGAGAGGAAAUAUAUUGCGCCACAUCUUUAGAAUCAAUGGUUGAUUUUAGCACUUCGAAGCUUGGAACAAGAAACGUUGAAGCAAUCUCGACGGAGGUAUUGGAAAAAGGAGGCACCAUGUCCAUCCAAAACUAUACAACAAUGCCGGGACUGAAGAAGUUGGCAGGUGACAAAGUCGUUGUGUGUCAUAAGCAGAACUAUCCCUAUGCUGUGUUUUUCUGCCAUGCAAUAAAACAUACAGCAGCUUAUGCUCUCUCCCUGAAAGGCGAUGAUGGGGAGAAGGUUAAAGCAGUAACCAUCUGCCAUCUAGACACAUCAGAAUGGGACCCAGAGCAUAUGUCCUUCCAAAUCGUCAACGUUAAGCCCGGAACCAUUCCCAUCUGCCAUUUCAUUUCCACUGAUGCUAUUGCCUGGGUUCCGAACCACAAAUCUGCAUGAUCAUCACUUAGCACUGUACGUAUAAUUAUCUCCUUACUUAUUUCUGCCUCUUCAUCAUGUGGUGUAAGAUAUAUGAUGAGAUGAAGUUUUUGGGAUUAGUGGUUGGGUUGCCUGAAAAACACAGAUUACAGAAACUGCUUGAAAUUAACCCGAUCAUGUUUUCUCUUGUAACUAUAUAGACUUCAACUUGUACUCAUAAUAAAGCAUGCUAUAUUUAUGAAGAGAUAUUAAUCU